AUGUCUGGUGAUCUCGCGUGCACGUACGCGGCUCUCAUCCUCCACGAUGACGGUCAAGAGGUGACGGCUGACAAGAUCAGCGCUGUCGUCUCUGCGAGCGGGUUGGAGCUCGAACCGUACUGGUCCGGUUUGUUCGCCAAGUUCCUCGAGCAAAAGUCCGUGGGUGACCUCAUCUCCAACGUCGGCGCUGGUGGCGGCGGCGGUGGCGGCGGCGGCGCGGCUGCGGGCGGCGACGCCGGCGGCGACGCGGCUGCUGCUGCUCCGGAAGAAGAAGAAGAAGAAGAAGCCGAAAUGGACUUCGACUUGUUCGAUUAA